GGUUGGGACUGGGUCCUUUGGAUGAAGUAGUAAUAAAUAACUAUUUACACAGAGUCUAUAUAUAUAUAUACAAACUGGAAUGCUCACAUGUAUACACUUUAUAGGGUUUACAGAUGGCACAGAUGGCUGAAAUUGCAAACUGGAGAGCUGCUGAAUAAAAAGCUAAAUAAUGCAAAAACCACAAAUAAUAACUAAAAACCAAUUGCAAAUUGUCUCAGAAUAUCACUGUCUACAUCAUACUAAAAGUUAACUCAAAGGUGAACAAUCCUCUUGAAGUAGAAGGAAAGGCUAAAAAAUUGUGCACCUGUGCCUUCGGAAAGCAGACCAGAAGCUGGUUAUAUUGAAACAGAUACCUGUGGAACAGAUGACCAAAGAUGAGCGCCUGGCUGCUCAGAAUGAAUGCCAAGUUUUAAAGUUGCUCAGCCAUCCAAACAUCAUUGAAUACUAUGAAAACUUCUUGGAGGACAAGGCUCUCAUGAUUGCCAUGGAGUAUGCUCCAGGUGGAACAUUGGCUGAGUACAUCCAGAAGCGCUGUAAUUCGCUGUUAGAUGAGGAUACCAUACUACAUUUCUUUGUGCAGAUCCUUUUGGCUCUUCAUCAUGUCCAUACCAAGCUUAUCUUACACAGAGAUCUGAAGACCCAGAACAUCCUGCUGGACAAACACCAGAUGAUUGUCAAGAUUGGGGACUUUGGAAUCUCAAAGAUCUUGAGUAGCAAGAGUAAAGCUUAUACUGUUGUGGGGACUCCGUGCUACAUCUCCCCAGAGCUUUGCGAAGGAAAACCUUAUAACCAGAAAAGUGACAUCUGGGCAUUGGGAUGUGUUCUCUAUGAACUUACAAGUCUUAAGAGGGCAUUUGAAGCUGGUAACUUGCCUGCCCUGGUUUUGAAGAUCAUGAGUGGAACAUUUGCCCCCAUCUCUGACCGGUAUAGCCCUGAGCUCCGACAUCUCAUCCUUAGUAUGUUGAACCUUGACCCCUCCAAGAGACCUCAGUUGAAUGAAAUCAUGGCUCACCCCAUCUGUAUCCCUGCACUUCUCAACCUAUACAGCGACAUUGGUAGUGUAAAAAUGCGAGUGGAAAAACCUCUUGCUUCAGUACCAGCAGCGAGUCGUGUGCGGCCUGCAUCAAGGAUCCCUAGUGCAAGAUCCAGAGGUGGCCGAAUUGGACAUUCUCCAGCAAAGCCAAGUAUCCCACCUCCUCUCUCUUCUGUAUACACUUGGGGAAGUGGGAUUUCAAACCCUUUACGCCUCCCCAUGUUGAACACUGAAGUUGUACAGGUCUCAGCAGGGAGAACUCAGAAGGCCGGAGUCACCAAAUCUGGACGACUAAUCAUGUGGGAGGCAACUCCUGUUGGAACUGGAUCUUCUUCCCUUCCUGGAUCCAUUGACCAUGCUCAGCCUCAGUUCAUCUCUCGUUUCUUAGAGGGCCAAUCUGGAGUUACGAUCAAGCACGUUUCUUGUGGAGACCUAUUUACUGCAUGCCUAACAGACAGGGGUAUUAUUAUGACAUUUGGUAGUGGGAGCAAUGGUUGCCUUGGACAUGACAAUUUUAAUGAUGUUACUCAGCCAAAGAUCGUGGAGGCUCUCCUGGGCUAUGAGAUAGUUCACGUGUCCUGCGGGGCUUCACAUGCCAUUGCCGUAUCCAAUGAAAAGGAGGUGUUUUCCUGGGGCCGCGGGGACAAUGGGAGACUGGGUUUAGGCAGUCAGGAUUCUCAUAACUCUCCCCAGCAAGUCCACAUCCCACAGGAGUACGAAGCGCAGAAGAUCGUGUGCGGCAUCGACAGCUCCAUGAUACUCACAGUUGCCAAUCAGCUCUUGGCCUGUGGGAGUAACAGAUUUAAUAAACUGGGACUAGAUCACAUCUUAUCUGCAAGUGAGCCUUAUUCAGAGGAGCAGGUGGAAGAGGCCUAUACCUUCACUCCCAUCCAAUCAGCACCUCUGAAUCAAGAAGCCAUCCUGUGUGCAGACGUAGGCACCUCACAUUCAGCAGUUGUAACAGCAUUGGGUCAGUGUUACACCUUUGGCAGUAACCAACAUGGACAACUCGGCACCAGUGUGCACCGAAACAGCCGCAUGCCUUGCCUUGUGACUGCUCUGCAAGGUCUAACGGUGACAAUGGCGGCAUGCGGGGAUGCGUACACUGUCGCAGUGGGUGCAGAGGGCCAAGUGUUCACGUGGGGAAAGGGAGCGAGGGGUCGUUUAGGACGCAGAGACGAGGGAAUUGGGAUACCCAAAAUUGUGCAGCUGGAGGAAAGCCACCCCUAUGUUGUGACAUCAGUCGCUUGUUGCCAUGGAAAUACUCUCUUAGCUGUGAAACCAAGUCUAGAAGAUAUUUCUGUGUGAAGCGAGGGUCUCGGAUGGAUGUCGGGACACAAGUCUCUGUGUGGGAAGCUUCCAGGGACAAGUCACAUUCCAAUAAGCCUUCCUUAUGAUUGAUCUUCCGAAGCAGCAUUGCCUUUCCCCGAGACACAGAGUAAAUAGAUCUUAUGUCUGACAGGCUUGGGCAUCACAGCUACACAAAUGUCCAGGUCCGGACUGAGAAUUAAAAUAGGUCCUGGCAUUUCAGGUACACAGAGGCCCAAUCAGCCCACACAGAGGCCCAAACAGCCCCCACCAGCCCACUAAAUACUGACUUUCUAUGGCACCUUAUAGCAGCCCCUCUGGCAUUUGCCAGAACUCACAGAUUGCCAGUCCGGACCUGCAAAUGUCACUGCCCAAAAUGGUGCCACAGUAGAUAGUAAAGCAAUGAGGAGCUCCGUUACCUUCUUACGGGGCAUUUGUGUGAAGUCUUUCCAGAUUGAAAUCCCCCUGUUCUUAGUAACAUACAUUAUCUGUGUUGCUGGGGGAGGACAAUGUUAUUAUAUGCUACAAUAGCUGAUUAUUCCCCCACUAUAGUAUAGGAACCAGCAAUAACUCUCACGGAUAGGGAAUCUUUUGCCAAAAAUGUCAUAAACUUGGAACCUUUUUUU